AUGGAAUACCCGAGGGGUACUUGGACUUUCAGGUCGGAUUUCGUUGGUGGGAAGAGGCAACCCCGCAAGCACGUACACCGUCGCAACGCUAUUACGCCAUGUUUCAAGCCUGGUGGACAGAACAACCGAACUCAAUCACGCGAAAUGCGGUGCGUCUGUGUUAGACUCUACGGAACUGCGGAGUCUGCGGAGUCGAAGGGACCUUGGCCUCAACGUAUUGCGUUGUGCCCACGCUGGUGGUAUAUGGUCCAACCCGAAAGGAGAGGGGAGGAGAGGGAGAGAGGGACGCGCCUUGCGGCGGAAGACGAGGAGAGAGAGGAGAGAGCCUUGCGGAGCGGAAUCAGGAACACUAUGCGGAGUAAAGCAGAGAAUGAAGUCAUAAAGAAGUAUAAGAGGUCACAUGCAGAGUCUGGGCGCCUAGAGGGCGGUUACGAGGUUUCUCCGCGCGGUCCGCACCGGCCCUCAGUUGCGGGCCGUGUCGGUCCAGCUGGUACAAGCGGGCUGCGGACUUGCGGAUGCGGACAUCCAUAG